AUGGCAACCGUCGUCCCCCCGCCAUCAAAAAGGCAGAAGCGUGAAGAGCUCGAAAGGUCCAGAGUGCAGCAGGAUGUUAACGCAGCCAUGGCCGGGCCGGAAGGCUCAUUCAAGGCUCGGUUUCUGGACGGCGACGGGAAUCAGGUCUGCGAUGUGAUUGAAGUACCUCUUGCAGAUGCCUCGGAAAAGAACCUGUCACUCCUUUUGAACACCCUAUUGUCAAGGGAACGAGAAGAGUAUUUGCCGUAUCGAUUUCGAAUUCACAUUCCAGAUUCCGACAUCAUCGUUGACCAGUAUCCCAAAGAUUUGCUUCAGCUCUUAAGAAGUCAUGGCAUCGAGAACCCUUUCGAGACAACUGUUACCCUCACUGCCGAGCCCCAAUCAGUCUUCAAAGUGCAUGCUGUCACACGCAUGUCACAUAGAAUUCCAGGCCACGGAGAAGCAAUUCUGGCAGCUCAAUUUAGCCCAGAGACAAAUACUCGUCUAGCUACGGGGUCUGGUGACAAGACUGCUAGAAUAUGGGAUACUGAAACUGGAACUCCAAAGUACAAACUAGCCGGCCAUACACAUUGGGUGCUCUGUGUCGCAUGGUCGCCUGACGGCAAACGCCUGGCUACUGGAAGCAUGGACAAGUCUGUCAGACUUUGGGAUCCUGCAACAGGGAAAGCAGUUGGAAGCCCUCUCAGAGGACAUUCCAAGUGGAUCACCAAUAUCGCGUGGGAGCCUUAUCACCUAUGGAGAGAUGGCACGCCGCGGCUGGCAAGCGCGAGCAAAGACAUGACUGUGAGAAUUUGGGUCGUAAAUACGGGAACGACUGAGCAUGUGCUCUCUGGGCAUAAAAGCUCGGUCAGCUGCAUUCGAUGGGGUGGGACUGGUCUCAUAUACACUGGAAGCCAUGACAAGAUGGUGCGAGUCUGGGAUGCGGCAAAGGGCACAUUGGUGCAUACCUUGUCAUCACAUGCUCACUGGAUUAACCAUUUGGCGCUUUCAACGGAUUUUGCCUUGAGAACGGGGUAUUUCGACCACCAGCCAACGCCGAUUACAGAGGACGAGAAGCGGGCGAAGGCCAAGGAGCGGUUCGAGAAGGCAGCGAGAAUCCAGGGGCGAGUAUCCGAGCGCCUGGUAUCCGCGAGUGAUGAUUUCACAAUGUUUUUGUGGGAGCCUUCUCAAGGAAAUAAGCCGGUGGCCAGGAUGGUCGGCCACCAGAAGCAAAUCAACCAUGUCACGUUUUCUCCUGACAACACCUUGAUUGCUAGCACAGGAUGGGACAACCAUACAAAGAUCUGGAGUGCAAGAGAUGGCAAGUUCAUCGACACUCUGCGCGGGCACGUCGCUACGGUUUACCAGUGCUCAUUCUCUGCUGAUUCUCGUUUACUGGUGACAGCAUCCAAGGACACAACCCUCAAGGUCUGGUCAAUGGCGUCUUUCAAGCUAGUGGUCGACCUCCCCGGCCAUCAUGAUGAGGUAUACGCAGUAGACUGGGCACCAGAUGGUAAGCGCGUUGCCAGUGGAGGUAAGGACAAGGCAGUACGAUUAUGGGCGAACUAG